AAACAGAACAAGGAUCGCAGUGAAGAAAUUCUUUAAUUUUUUUAAUUUAUAAACUCAAAUUGCCACGAAAAAUGUGUGAAAAAAUCUAAAAUGGGAAAUACUGACACAAAAUUGAACUUUCGGAAGGCAAUUGUGCAAUUGACGAACAAGACAAAGCCCAUCGAUGCGAGCGAAGAUGCCUUUUGGCAGCAGUUUUGGAAUGAUCAUGCGACAACGGCAUUAGAUGUUUUUGCUCUCGUGCCUCCCAAUGAAAUCAGGAAGUUACGGGAGGACAUGCCGCAGAACCUUGCCACGUUACUGUACAAAGCUGUCGAACGUCUUGUGCGUGCCGUGGAUAAUAGUUGUCGCACGCAGCAAGAGCAACAAUGUGUCUUGAAUUGCGUGCGACUUUUGACACGGAUUUUGCCUUAUAUCUUCGAAGACGACGAAUGGCGUGGAUUUUUUUGGUCAUCGCUCCCCUCCGAGAACGAACACGAUGACUCAGCAACGCCAUUAGCGCAAAGUUUACUGAAUGCCAUUUGCGACUUGUUAUUUUGCCCGGAUUUUACGGUCGUUGGAUCGCGUCGCAGUGGUCCCGAUAAGGCGGAGGAGCUUGCCAACAUCGACAGUUGCGAAUAUAUUUGGGAAGCGGGUGUGGGUUUCGCUAAUUCGCCGUCGCGUGUGGGCGCCAUGGAUGAACGACGAACCGAAUUGCUGAAAUUACUUCUAACUUGCUUCAGUGAGACGAUGUAUCGCGAUCCAAAUGCUUCGGAAGAACCAAAUAAGUGGAUUUCGCACUUUACAUCGGCCGAAAAUCGACAUGCUUUGCCGCUUUUUACGUCGUUGCUGAACACCGUUUGUGCUUACGAUCCCGUCGGAUUGGGAGUCCCUUACAAUCAUCUACUUUUCACCGAUACAGUUGAACCUCUGGUCGAAGCAUGCAUUCAAAUUAUGAUCGUUUGCUUGGAUCACGAUAUCACACAAAGCUCAAGUCCCUCAAACACCUCAACUUACAACGUCGAAGACUCCCUUUUGGGCGACAAUUUGUUCAUCAACUACCUUUCUCGCAUCCAUCGAGAUGAGGAUUUUUCCUUUAUCCUCAAAGGCAUCGUGCGAUUGUUGAAUAAUCCGUUGACACAAAGUUAUUUGCCCAAUUCGACGAAACGCUUGCAUUGUCAUCAGGAGUUGUUGGUGUUCUUUUGGAAAAUUUGCGAUUACAACAAGAAAUUUCUCUAUUACGUGCUGAAAAGUAGCGACGUUUUGGAUAUCCUGGUCCCGAUUUUAUUUCAUCUGAAUGACUCGCGAGCAGAUCAAAGUCGCGUUGGACUGAUGCACAUUGGAGUUUUUAUUCUGUUACUUCUUUCGGGCGAGAGAAAUUUCGGCGUGAGACUUAAUAAGCCGUAUACAGCAACAGUUCCCAUGGAUAUUCCUGUCUUUACAGGAUCUCAUGCGGAUUUAUUGAUUACUGUUUUUCAUAAGAUUAUUACGACGGGACAUCAGCGAUUGCAGCCCUUGUUUGAUUGUCUCUUGACUAUUCUCGUUAAUGUGUCUCCAUAUUUAAAAACCCUCUCGAUGGUCGCAAGCGUAAAACUUUUGCACUUACUCGAAGCAUUCAGCACUCCAUGGUUUUUGUUUUCGGCUCCGUCAAAUCAUCAUCUCGUCUUUUUCCUCUUGGAGAUCUUCAAUAACAUCAUUCAGUACCAAUUUGACGGCAACUCGAAUCUAGUCUACACAAUCAUCCGAAAGCGACAAAUCUUUCAUGCCCUCGCAAAUUUACCGACAGACAGUUACGGCAUUUCGCGCUGUUUGAGCAAUCGCGGCGGCAAAGCAGGAGGAGUUCAUCGACCCAUUCAAGCGUCGAAUUCAACGAAAGCGCCAACCAAAGAAGAGCUCGACGAGAAUUCUGACGUUUCGGAGGAGGAAACAGAAGGCGAAGACGAACCGGAAGAAGAUGCAGAGGAAAAAAGUGAAGCUCGAACGCCCGAACCAUCGAUGGAAGGAAGUACUCCGGCACAAGCUGCUGAACCGGGAACACUGAAAGCAACGUUGAUGGAUACGCCGGCACUCACGCAAAUGACUGAAAAAGAAUCGGCGCAUCCGACAGGCGAUCAACCGUUGUGCGAUUUGGGAUCUCCGACGAAAUUACCGACGCAAGAAGCGAAUUCUGAAGCUGAAACGACGAACAAAGAAAAUGAAACAAAAGUCGAAGAACAAAAAGAGAAACCAAAAACUCCCGUUGCAAGUCCCGAAAAAACUCAAACCUUGAAACGAGGCGUCGUCAAUCAACGAGGCAGUAUUAGACUCACCGAAAGUAAUUCCCGUACGUCAAAACUGAACAUUCCUCCGCCAGCUACAUGGCAUCCAACGCCCGAAUGGGUUCAAGCAUGGCAGAAAAAGUUACCGUUACAGACGAUCAUGAGACUUUUGCAAGUUUUGGUACCUCAAGUUGAAAAAAUUUGCAUUGACAAGGGCUUAACAGACGAGUCUGAAAUCCUGAAAUUCCUUCAACAUGGCACUUUAGUCGGCUUACUGCCUGUUCCUCAUCCGAUUUUGAUAAGAAAAUAUCAAGCGAAUAGCGGAACAACGGCUUGGUUUCGAACUUAUAUGUGGGGCGUCAUUUAUUUGAGGAAUGUUGAGCCCGCAAUUUGGUACGACACAGAAGUGAAAUUGUUCGAAAUUCAACGUGUAUAAAGGAAAUAGUCAAAUUAUUGUCCAUCUUUUGCAGCUUUUUAAAAAUCUUGACGUAGUUAGGACAAAAAUUUAGAUUAAUGUUAAAAAAAAAACAAACCAAAAGUGGGAAAUUCAAAAGUUAACUUAGCUUUCUAAAGCAAUUAUAUGUUUGUUUAUGUACUUUUUGCUUAAUCAUUCCGUGUAAAUUUAUGAAUUUUAUCUUUUCUGUCCAGAGAAUAAAGAAAAUUAUUAUAUCGAAGGAAAAUUUAACAAAAAUUUAAUCAAAAAACAGAGUGUAAUCA